UUGGCCCGUAAGCCUGCGCUCGCGAGUCAUCAGUGUCGGACACGUAGUGGGAACGAGCAGGUCCCGAUGCACAAGUCACGGCAACCCUGGGCGGAGAUGAAGGCGGACUCCGACUGGCUCUGAUUUUUAAAAGCCCUUUUCAUUCAGGAGGUUGGUUGCCAGUUGUUAUCAAUAUGGCAGAACCGUUAUCCCAAGCACCCACCGCUGCAAAAAUGGCGUCACUUAACCGGGUCCGAGCUUUGGCGAUGAUUUUCUUAACUGUCACUGGCUGCUGUGUCACCCCGACAAGUGGCAAGGAAGGGUCCGAGGAGACCGUCAUCAUAGGGCUCCGACUGGAGGACACGGACGACAUUUCCUUCAUGGAUAAGGGCUACCUGCGGGUGAGUGAGCGCUCUCGGGUAAAAUUAAGAGUGUACGGGCAGAACAUCAACAACGAGACCUGGUCCAAAAUUGCUUUCACGGAACAUGAGCGGAGCCGGGCGAUUGGGAGCAUUGACAGCUCCUCGGGGGAUAACCAGAGCCAGGAGGACUCGUCCGGCUUGCACCCCUGUGGUUUUAGGACUUCGGAUAUAAUGAUAUUGCCCUACAUCAUCCUGAAUCGAAAGACAUCCGGUAUAGUUGAAAUUGAGGUCAAACCUUUGCGAAAGACGGAGAGGAGUAAAACGUAUUACCUUUGCAUCGCCACCUCGACACCAGCCGUGGCCGGGAUGCACGACCCGCGGACGGAGAACACCUGGAUCUACCACGAUGGGGAUGACACCAAAGUGAUAGUGGUGGAGGAGAAAAAGUUUCUGCUGCCUUUCUGGCUCCAGGUCAUCUUCAUCUCCAUGUUGCUUUGCCUGUCCGGUAUGUUCAGCGGGCUGAACCUGGGGCUCAUGGCUCUGGACCCCAUGGAGCUCCAGAUAGUGCAGAACUGCGGCACGGAAAGGGAGAAGAAUUACGCCAAAAAAAUAGAGCCGGUCAGGAGCCAAGGGAAUUAUUUGCUAUGCUCUCUUCUGCUCGGGAACGUGUUAGUGAACACCACGCUAACCAUCUUGCUGGAUGAUAUCGCCGGUUCGGGCUUGAUUGCUGUUGUCAUGUCCACCAUCGGUAUAGUCAUUUUUGGGGAAAUUGUGCCACAGGCCAUCUGCUCCAGGCACGGCCUCGCUGUGGGAGCCAACACCAUAUUCCUCACCAAGUUCUUCAUGCUGCUUACCUUCCCUGCGUCCUACCCAGUCAGUAAGCUACUGGACUACCUGCUCGGACAGGAGAUAGGAACCGUGUACAACAGAGAGAAGCUUCUGGAGAUGCUGCGCGUCACGGACCCCUACAACGAUCUGGUGAAAGAGGAGCUGAACAUCAUCCAGGGCGCGCUGGAGCUCAGGACUAAGACUGUAGAGGACGUGAUGACGCCGCUGAGGGAUUGCUUCAUGAUUCCUGGGGAUGCAACGCUGGACUUCAAUACCAUGUCCGAGAUAAUGAAGAGCGGCUACACGCGCAUCCCCGUUUUCGAGGGCGAGAGGUCCAAUAUAGUGGAUCUGCUCUUGGUCAAGGACCUGGCCUUCGUGGACCCGGAUGAUUGCACUCCGCUCAAAACCAUCACAAAGUUUUACAGCCACCCGUUGCAUUUUGUGUUCAAUGACACCAAGCUUGACGCAAUGCUGGAGGAGUUUAAAAAAGGAAAAUCCCACCUGGCCAUAGUUCAGAGGGUGAACAAUGAAGGUGAGGGAGACCCUUUCUACGAAGUUCUGGGUAUUGUCACCCUGGAGGACGUUAUUGAAGAAAUCAUCAAGUCAGAGAUCCUCGACGAGACUGACCUAUACACUGACAACAAGACAAAGAAGAAAAUCACACAUCGGGAAAGAAAGCAGGAUUUCUCGGCCUUCAAGCCUACCGACAAUGAAAUGAAGGUUAAAAUAUCACCUCAGCUUCUGCUGGCUACCCUGCGUUUCCUAGCAACAGAGGUUGAGCCAUUUGCACCGAUGCAGAUGUCAGAAAAGAUUCUGCUGCGCUUGUUGAAGCAUCCAAAUGUGAUCCAGGAGCUAAAAUACGAUGAUAAGAACAAGCGGGCACCAGAGCACUACCUCUUCCACAGGAACAAACCUGUGGAUUAUUUCAUCCUCAUCCUGCAGGGGAAGGUGGAGGUGGAAGCAGGAAAAGAGGGGAUGAAGUUUGAAGCGGGACCAUUCUCCUUCUAUGGGAUAAUGGCUCUGACAGCCUCACCAGUGCCUCUGUCACUGUCUCGUACAUUUGCAGUCAGUAGGGCUGAGUCAUUAGCAGGAUCUCCAGAGAAUAAAUCUCCUCCACGGCCAUUUGGACUGAAUCACUCCGAUUCUCUGAACAGGAGUGACCGUAUAGAUGCCAUCACCCCGACUCUGGGCAACAGCAACAACCAGCUCAACUCCUUCCUGCAUAUAUAUGUGCCUGAUUAUUCUGUCAGAGCACGCUCAGACCUGCAGUAUAUAAAGGUGACGCGACAACAGUACCAGAACGCUGUGAUGGCGUCGCGGAUGGACAAGACUCCGCAGUCGACAGACAGUGAGUUCACUAAGAUCGAACUCACGCUAACAGAGCUCCACGAUGGAGUGGAGAACCCAGCUGUGGUCACCGCCACGGCUACCACCACUAUCACCACCCCUGCUGUGGCCUUUGCCGUGGCCAACGAAACGUCCCACCUGCUCAACCAGCAGCAGAACUGUGUGGGUCUUAGCAGGAGCAACCACUCCUCCCACAAUGAGGGACCCAUCUAGCCCCGCCGAGCCCGGUGGAGACCCAGACCCUCCACCCUGUCUUGUGGAAACACACACACACACACACACAGUGAUGUAGAUGAAGAUGAGGGAACGUGGGGAAGCGGAGGCAGGUGGAGUGAGGGUUCUGCUCCAAUCAGUAGCCCCCAGUCAGUCAGGCAGUGAGACCCUUUC